AUGCGAUAUUAUAUGGUUGUUGCUCACAAAAAGCGCAGUUCCCACAAAUUGUGGCUGAUAAAAACCGUUAUUAAUGAUCGGGUUAAGAUUAGUUGUAAAUGGCCUCCAUCACCGAUUAUUGUGACAAGUGAAACAAUAAAAAUUGCCGUUGAACCGUCUCCAGAGUGGCCUAUAUAUUCUAUUCGGUUAGCUGAUAAUGGCAAAGAAUAUUCAAAUUUCAACAAAGCAUGGUAUCAGAAAUUUUUAAUAAAUUCUGGAACUUCCUCGUCUGAAGCUGAAAUUAGGAAAAAGAAAAGUUAUAAAAGAUCAAAGAUCAUAUCACAACAUCUUUCUUCUGAUUCAGAUUCUUGUGAAGAAAGUUAUCAAAUAUGUAAUACAGCAGAUAACUCUGGAUUAAAAACGACUAUAGGUAAUAUAAGUAUAAACGAUACAUCAAAGGUCCACAUUGAUAGUUCUAUCAUGCCCUCUACGUCGAAAAAAUUUUCAGUUGACCAAAAUUUAGUUAACCCUUUUAUGUUUUCAUCUGAUGAAAACCCUGAAAAUGAACAGUUUGAAAAAGAUGGCCACAGAAUGACUUCUAUGAAGGAAAAUGCAAAUAAUUUGAUUAAUGCCACUACAAAAUGUUUAGAUGCGACACGCCGACACGUGUUGAUAAUUUGGUACCAUCACCAUACCAUAACAUACCAUCUACUUCUAUGUAUAUGUAUGAUAUGUGUAAUUCUGAAUCAGAUAAUAAUGUACAGCAAAAUGUUCCAUUUCUACCAACAUUAAAUGAUGCAAACACACAAAAAACAGUAAUGGAAAUAUUACUAAACAUUGAAAAUCAAAAUAAUUUGAUUAUAAAAGAACAAUCCAUCAUGAAACUAGUACAAGAUCGC